GAUAUAAUUCGUAGUUACUUACGACAAUGGUCAGAAGAUUUAUUUUGUGUUGUUUGUUGCCCGUAAUCCUGGGAGUACCGUUUACAGGCCAACAUCAUGAAGCAAACGACAUUUUUGACGCUACCUUGGAGGAUGAAGUCUUAACUCCCAAAGAGAUUGCGCAAGAAGCUGGUUACGCAGCCGAAACUUACGAAGUCGUCACAGAGGAUCGGUAUGUUUUGCAACUGGACAGAAUUGCAGGAUCGGUGAAAAGUCCUCCGUCCGGCAAUAAACCGGCUGUACUACUUCUUCAUGGACUUUUAGAUUGCUCGGCAACAUGGCUUCUACCAGGCCCUGAAAAGGGUUUAGGUUUCAUAUUAGCAGACUGGGGUUACGACGUAUGGCUGGGCAAUGUGCGUGGCAACAGGUACUCACGGAAGCACUUGGACUGGACUCCUUCAGACCAAAAUUUUUGGAUGUUCAGUUGGCAUGAGAUUGGAAUGUACGAUAUCCCAGCGAUGAUCGAUCACAUUACUGAGAAAACAGAGCAAAAGAAGAUCUUUAUGGUAUCACAUAGCCAGGGUGGUACCGCGUUCUUUGUGAUGGCUAGUGAACGGCCAGAGUAUCAAGAGAAAAUUGUCGCUUCCUUUGCACUGGCCCCGGCAGUCUUCAUGUCUCGGACAAAAAGUCCUCUUUUCCAGAUGUUGGCCCCUUUUUCUAACCAUUUCAAACUGCUAGCGGAUUUAAUAGGCUUGUAUGAAUUUAAACCAUCCGACAAACUUAUACAAAUGGUUGGAAGCAAGUUGUGCCGCGAUGAAUCACUUUUACAGCCAUUAUGUAAAAACAUCAUGUUCCUAUAUGCUGGUGUUGAUAAAGAUCUUAACACGGCAAGUUCCGGAAAUUUGACUAUGGCCUUCUCGGUAACGUGAAGAAAUACGGUAAGAUACUUCCCCCGGAUUAUAAUCUCAGCAAUGUCAAGUUACCAGUAUAUUUGUAUUACGGCGGCAAUGAUAUAUUUGUCGAUGUUCAGAAUUUGCAUCAGUUGUACGAUGCGUUACCCAAUGUUCAGAAAUUUUUGAUACCAUCCGACAAUUUUGCGCACGUUGAUUUCGUGUGGGGAAAGCACGCAGAUACUUGGGUAUACAAUGAAAUUCUAAGUAUUCUAGAACGUUAUAAAAAAGAAAUAUGAAUUGUUACUUCGUGCAAAUAGUUAAUGCACUUUGUGCGAAUAAAUGCACCCUAUCAUGUUAAUAAAAAUGAAUCUUGAGUUUUUCUUUUGUUCCUUCCGUGUGACUUUUUCAUUAGAAAAUCUUAUUUAGUGACAUAUUUAGCGACACUAUAAUCAACGACUACGUCAAUUUACGAAAAUUAAAAAAAAAAAAAAA